AGUAAACGAGGAAAAAUGGCGACCAUCGCGAUGAAGUUGAACGGGACUAUUUACACAACUGUAAUGAAUUGUCUGACAAACAAAAUUAGAGUAUCUGUGUUAUUAGUUUUAAUAUUCGCUUUUGCGAGUAGUAGUUCUGGAGAAAACACACAUGAAGAUAAUGCUUAUGAAUUUCUCAAGCGAGAGUAUUCGCUGACUAAGCCCUACCAAGGACUGGGCUCCUCCAGCUCAUCACACUGGGAGUUCAUGGGAAACACCAUGAUCAUGCCUGAACACAUACGGCUGACACCAGACUUGCAGAGCAGACAAGGAGCUGUGUGGAGUCGCAUUCCCUGUUACCUUAGAGACUGGGAGCUACGAGUGCAAUUUAAAAUCCAUGGAGAGGGCAAGAAGAACCUGAAUGGGGAUGGCCUUGCAAUAUGGCUGACUAAAGAGAGAAUGCAAAUUGGACAAGUAUUUGGAAACGCAAAUUUUUUUACUGGUCUGGGUGUUUUUGUAGACACUUAUCCGAAUGAUGUCAAGCAGAUUGAGAGAACGUUUCCUUUUAUCUCUGCAAUGGUCGGGAAUGGGAGUGUAGAAUAUGAACAUGAACGAGACGGACGGUCUACUGAUCUUGGAGGCUGCACUGCUCAAGUUCGCAACGUUGAAUAUGACACGUUCCUCUUGAUCAGAUACAUGAAGAACAGACUUACAGUGAUGAUGGAUACUGAUGGGAAGCAAGAGUGGAAGGACUGUCUGGACAUACCUGGAGUGAGGCUGCCACAAGGGUACCACUUCGGGGUCUCAUCAGCCACUGGAGAUUUAUCAGGUUAGGACCAUCCUUUCACUCCAUUUUAG